AUUUGGGCAAUAUGUAAACAAAACGUGAUGUGAACAAGGUGGGCGUUUCUUUCUCAACUAAAAUGCCUUCGGCAACAGUUACGAUCAGAGAGUUAAAAAACAGAGAGACAGGAAUUGACAUAACAAUUCCCCGCAUCACACAAGAAAAGGGACUUCUGCAGUCAACAUAUGAAUACCAGGUCGUAGUGGUGUCUAAUCUACCCUUCUUCAAAAGUCCAAAACACAAGGAGAGUGACGUUGUUCAGUUCAUGGUAAAGAAGAAGUUUGCAGAGUUUGAAGACUUAUGGUCCAAAAUAUAUGAAAAGUACCCAGCCACAGUACUCCCCACUCUACCAAAGAAAGCCCUCCUGGUGAAUGAUAAAGUGGCAACAGAUAGGAGAGCGGGGCUAGAGAGAUUUCUCAAUUUCCUUGCUGUUACCCCCAAAGUCUGCACUUCUUCUCUACUACUGGAAUUCUUAGGUGUCAAUGCAAUAAAAGCUGGCAAAUACACACGAGAAGGGCUGAAAAAUGAAGGAGAAACAGAGGAUAAUGAUGAACAGUCAGAAGAUAAAAAGGAGAUAACAUCAGAGUCUAGUACAAGUGGUCUUUUUGAAGAGGAUGAGGAGGAAGAAGAAGAAGACUUAUUCAAUGAUGAGGAAGACACAGACAUCAUUCCCGAGAUAACCACAAAAGGAGGACAGGAUUCAGAUUCCAAACUUUUUGACUACCCUGUUCUUGGCGGGAAUCUGGGGGCUGACGAUAAAAUGUUCUUGUUGUCGGAUAACAAAGAACCAACAGAACCGAUUUCGUCAGCUCUUCAUCAAGAGGAGGAUGAUUUAGACCUUCUGACUGUUGAAGACGACUUGGAUGAACUUUUUAUCAGCCAACCCAAACCAAAGAUUAAAAGUGAUGACACAGCAAAAAUCAAUCAAACUAAACCCAAACCGUUACUUAGACCAAAGCCAGAAACGACAAAUACAUUGCCAGAGAGCCAAAAACCUACUCUACGUCCUAAACCCAAGGUUGGUUCGAAACCAGAACUUAAACCAAAGCCAGUUCCAAAACAACCACCCGUGAUUCCAUCCCAUAGCGAGGCUACUUCCGGUAUAAGUGAUCUAAAUACAGACGAUAUCAUGAAGUAUAUUCAAAGUGCAGGAGAGACGCAGGAAGAUGUGGAUUUGUUUUCAUAAAUAGUUUAGUUUCUUCCUUAAAUUGUUUCCUUUAAUGAAAAAUAUGUGCCAUAUUUUGUUAGAUCAUUCAGUUCAUAUCUUCCGUGUGUUUUCUAUUUCAUCAUAAAACAUAAAAAUGUCA